GCGCCGGGUGCGUGGGUCAUUCGCUUCAGCCCUUUUGGAUGCAUGAGGCGCGCCCUACAACGCACUCGCACGCAUAACUUUCGAUCUCUAACCGUGCCUUUCUUACACGCCGGACUAUCUGGUUUCUAAUACUCACGUGCUAGUUAUACAUUACAUUAUUCGCUCUUGGCACCUCAUUCUGUAUAAGAGUGCGUAGGUUGGCUAACUUUCGAAGCUCAACUGCUGUUAGCGUGGAAACGUACAAAUACACCUCGUGCGAAUCAGAAUCUACUUCCUCGUCAACAUCACAACCAAACCCUCCGCCUCCUCUUUUGCAAGAUCAUCCCACUAAGUCAUUAUCUCAACACACGCGACCAUGUCCAAAUCAGCAACAAACACCAAGACGCCUACUCCCUCCAACCCCUCCUCUCUGAAACUCCGCUAUGAGAUCCGUAAACUAGAACCCAAACAUCUCCCCUGGGCCACCGCCAUCCUAGCCCACAGCCACGGUUUCCACUCCUCCAUCUGGCAGCACAUCUGGCCCGACCAAGCACUCGGUCGCUGGACGCUAACGAGCGCCACAAAGCUCGAGUACCUCGUAGCUCACCAAAUUGACUCUGGUCUCUCCUACGGCGUCUUCGACACAGAGUACAAGUUCAGAAACGCAGAGGCAAAAGAAGCAGGCGGGAAAUUAUUCUGGGAUGUCAACGAACCGGAGGAAAACAGCGUGGAGCAAACCCAAGGGCGGAAAGCAGAGGGCUUGAGACUACUCCGCCAGAUGGACUUCCCAUUGGUUAGCAUAGCGUUGUCGUAUGAUGGCUUUGUCCCUCUUGAUCCCGUCAAGAUGGGCCCCGUUCUCGACGCGAUACCGGAAUACGCUCUGCUGUUUCGUAUUUUGGAGGAGCGCGACCCGAGGGAUCCGGCUGAGUGGAAGGCCACAGCGCCCGGUCAGGUGCUCAUGCGUAAUGCGACGUCUACACGCCAUGACUACGAGGGCGAGGGUGUUGCGUCUGGGAUAGCGCGUUGGUUGAGGCGCGAGGCCAAGUUGAUGGGGUUUAGAGGUAUUCAGAUUGAGUGUAUUGCGGAUGCUGUGACGCAUCUUUGGAGUGAUGGCGUGGAAGAGCCGUUUAAGGGGAGGUUGAUUAGUGAGUUUGAUACGCAGACUUGGGAGGAUGAGAAUGGAGAGAAGCCGUUUGGGUUGGCGAGGCAGAGGUGUACUAAGUGUUGGGUUGAUUUGUAAGCUGGUGGUAGAUGAGAGGACGAGAAGGUAAUGGAUUCGGAUUUGAACACCCUAACGGUCGCUCAUUUA